AUGCAAAGAGGACCACGUAUCCACCUGAAGGGAUGGCAACAGGCAGCUGUCGCCGCUGGCUCAGCCUUGGGUGCACUCAUGGACCCCAGAAGAGCAGAUUUAAUAGCCGCUCUUGGGGAAACAACUGGCAGGCCGGCUUUUGAGAGAGUGCUGGAACGCAUGAGAAAGAACGCGGAAGGAAGGGUACGUCCAAUUUCUUCUCUUUCCUAUUAUUAUGCCAUGGAAGCUAGAUGUUCUAGUUGAGUUUAUCCAUCUAGCAUCUUGGUUCAUCCUUUUUUCUGGGAUCUCAAGGAUGUGACAUACAUCACGAUUGGAAGCCAAGAACCAUAUCAUUAUAGAUUUAUAAAUCGUGGUGGUUGCAUCACUGCAGAAACUAUGAAAUGGCAUGGCAUGAUAGUCCGGAAAUGCUCACAGUGGUGGUCGGGAACUUGCUAACAGAUUCUGGGCGUAUCCUCUCUGCAGGUUUCUGCAGAGUUAACUAUCAAACGAGUUUUAUGAAAACUAAAAAACCAAGCUACUGAUUGAUACCACUUUCCUUUCUCUGGCAUCUGCUUACUUUCUCCACAAAGUUCAGAUCUGCAAGCCUGCUUGUCAUUAAUGUGAUCACGGUGGGUAUGAACAUGUCUCAUUUCAUCUUUCAGGAGGUUCUUUUGGAACAACCCCGCGUCAUAUCGGAGAAAGUUUCGUAUGCGUGGGAUCUGCCCGAGGAUACAUUCGGCGCGGCGUACGCAAGAUUCAUGGGGUCGAGGAACUUCUCCCCUGACGACCGCCCACCCGUCCGUUUCAUGGAAUCCGAAGAACUGGCGUAUGUGGCGACGCGUGCCCGUGAAGUGCACGACUUUUGGCACGUCUUAUUCGGUCUUCCGACGAAUCUGAUCGGCGAAUCAGCCCUGAAGGUUGUGGAGUUUGAGCAGAUGCUCCUGCCCAUGUGCGUGAUGUCGGUCAUCGGCGGCUCAGUAAGGUUCAGUGAGAAGCAGAGGGCUCUCUUUUUUCAGCACUACUUCCCUUGGGCUCUCCGUGCAGGUUUGAGGUGCUCAGACUUGAUGUGCAUUUACUAUGAGAAGCACUUCCAUGAGAAUCUUGAGGACGUCCGACGAAGAUGGGGAAUAAUCUCAUGCCCUGAUCCGAAGGUCGGUCCCUAG